AAAGUGAUUUCCGUUAGAAGAUUGGAGGCAACUCUAAGGGCGAUUAAUAGCGGAGUACUAUAUAAUUGCAAACAAGGCAAUUGAUCAAAACGAAAAACGCAGGCGAUUUGCCUUGAAACAUGGCAUCCUCCAUUGCUCGGGUUCUGCGUCGCCCAGUCUCGGUAAUAAGUGGGCAGGCAGUAUGUCAAGACAGAUCAGCAAUACUUGUUCAUUUUUCAUCUGAAGCUCCUACGCCACCAAGUAAAGGAGGUUCUGAAGCUCCUAUGCCACCAAGUAAAACAGAUGCAUUGUUAAUGAAUACACUUGAUGAUGUCACGCGCAAGUUUAAAAUAGCUCAUGAAAUCUUACGAAAGGAGAAGAUCAUUAUUGAUCCAGAUGAUUCCAAUGCAGUAUCACGCUAUAUGCAAGUCAUGAAGACCAUGAGAGAAAAGGCAGGGUUAUAUUCUGUUGCAGAUCAAGUUAAGAAUUCAAUUAAUGAUUUUACUGAAGGUAUUACUGAUGCUCGCUCAUACUUGGAGAAGGUGGCAGAAAUACGAGUAAAGACUGGCCUUUAUGAUGAUUUAGGCAUUGAGAAGAUGAGGAUGGAUGCAUUGGACAAGGUAGAGAAACAGCUGAAGAAGCCCUUGAUGAGGAAUGAUAAGAAGGGCAUGGCUCUUCUGGAAGUUGAAUUUAAUGCAAUAAAUAAGAAGGUUGGUAUUUCUGUAGAGGAUCUACCUAAAUAUGAACAGAAGUUGGAACAUGAUGUUGCAAAGGCACAGUUGGAGGAUCUUAAGAAAAAUGCACUGGAAGCUAUGGAAGAACAGAAAAAGAGGUUGGGGUAUAAAGAUGAGGAUGUGGAUAUUGAUGUAAGGACCUUGGAUAUUCGUAACUUUCUCUGAAAGCUCAAGAAAGUUAAUUUUCUACAUCCUGUCUGGUGGAAUAGCACCAUUUGGUUCUUGAGGAUUUCAUACGAUUGAAGAUCUUUGUUUUUUUAAAGGAAGAGCAAACAAUUUGAUGUUUUUCAUCUAUAAUGUGUCUUUUGUUUGUGUAUUGGAUUUUAUUCAGAGAACUUGAAUAAGAAUGGCUAUAAUGUUUUCAGAA